AUUGCAGAGAAUAAACAAAACUGCACCACAUAGGUUGCAAAUAUCCUAAAGCGAGAUGCUUGUACAGCACAAGCAAAAUGACCCAAGAGCAAAUAAAACCAACGCGGAAAGACAGUUGCUUCUGCACAUGGCGGCUAUCCUCCUUCAUAUUCAGCAUUCACACACAAUAAUAACGAGGCUGAGGCUGCAAAGCGUGUAUGUUUAGCACCACACAAUGUUGAACUUCCAAAAGUUUUCUCUAUUGUUGACGGUGUUGUUUCUGCUGUGGAAUCCUGUAAUAGGCAAGAAUGGGUGCACGGAUAAGUGUGGAGGCGUUCAUAUUCAGUUUCCAUUUUACCUUAAAACAACCAAAUUGGUUCGCACCACAGACUAUCCUCUUGGGUUUGAUUUGUUAUGCACUGAUGCGGAUGAGACUGUGCUGGAGCUCCCUUCCGUUCCAAUUAAAUUAUUUGUCAAAAACAUUGAUUACAAGUCACAGCAAAUCCAAAUCUACGACCCUCAAAAUUGCCUUCCCAAAGAGCUCAUGAAACUCGGUAAUUCAUCUAUUUCGCCGUUUAAAUUCCAAUCACUUGGUGCUGGUGCUGACAAGCAAAACGUUUCCUUCUUCCGCUGCAACUCAAAGUCAUGCCCCAUUUUGCAACUCGGAUUUGAUGACGACUUUGUUGAUCCUGAAAUACUUUCAUGCACAAAGGUGAGUGAUGUUUUGUCCGUCCAGUGGCGCGUGGGGGAUUUGAUGGAUGACUUGAGCAACAUUGUGGUUAUGGAAUGGUCCAACCCCGAUUGCAGAUCCUGUGCAGCACAAGAGCAUAAAUGUAAAUAUAAGAAUGGUACCCAAAAUGAAACUGAAUGUUUCAUUUGCCCAACAAAUAUAAUUCCAAAGUCGACUAUUAUACUAAUUGUUUCAGGGGGAAUAGUUGGUUUGGUGCUUUUGCUGCUGCUAGUGAAGGCAUUGUUUCAUGUGUAUGGCUUUUAUAAGAUGAAAGGAGAAGACCAAGCUAGGAUAGAAAAAUUCUUGGAGGAUUAUAGAGCAAUGAAGCCCACGAGAUUCACUUAUGCUGACAUUAAGAGAAUCACGAAUGGGUUUAGUGAAAGUUUAGGAGAAGGAGCUCACGGAGCCGUGUUCAAAGGAAUGCUCUCCCGAGAAAUUCUCGUUGCUGUGAAGAUACUCAACGAUGUAGAGGGAGAUGGGAAGGAUUUCAUAAAUGAAGUUGGAACAAUGGGCAAAAUUCAUCAUGUUAACGUUGUUCGCUUGCUUGGAUUUUGCGCGGAUGGAUUCCACCGUGCUCUUGUCUAUGAUCUUUUCCCAAAUGGGUCACUACAAAGAUUCUUGGCUCCACCAGACAACAAGGAUGUUUUUCUAGGGUGGGAGAAGUUGCAACAGAUUGCACUUGGUGUUGCCAGAGGGAUUGAGUAUCUGCAUCUUGGUUGCGAUCAUAGAAUUCUUCACUUUGACAUUAAUCCCCACAAUGUGUUACUAGAUGAUCACUACAUGCCAAAAAUUACUGAUUUUGGACUAGCCAAGUUGUGUCCCAAAAAUCAGAGCACAGUGUCUAUGACUGCAGCCAGGGGAACCUUGGGGUACAUUGCCCCUGAAGUUUUCUCAAGAAAUUUUGGCAAUGUUUCUUACAAGGCAGACAUAUAUAGCUAUGGAAUGUUGUUGCUUGAGAUGGUAGGAGGAAGAAAGAAUACCAAUGUGUCAGCUGAGGAAAGUUUCCAAGUUCUGUACCCUGAAUGGAUUCAUAAUUUGCUUGAAGGCAAAGACGUGCAAGUUAGUAUUGAAGACGAGGGAGAUGUUAAAAUUGCAAAGAAACUUGCCAUUGUAGGACUUUGGUGCAUUCAGUGGAACCCAGUGGACCGUCCAUCCAUGAAAACUGUGGUGCAAAUGCUUGAAGGAGAUGGAGACAAGUUAAUUGCACCCGCUACGCCUUUUGACACUGCCGGUUCUUCUAGAACAAAUGCUGCUGUUCCAGCACGACACCAGAAUUUCGAAUUGGAAAUUAUUCAUGAACUAGUGUAAAUAAAGUCUCUCACUUUUAGGUUUCCUUCAAAUGUAAUCUGUACUUAAUAAAACUUCCAAGAUAUACAUCCGCACUAUGAGUCUGUUAUUACCCAUACAGGCUUAUUAGUCUACUUGCGAUUUUCACAGUAUUCUGUGUUUCUUAAAUUAUGCUUAUUGAAUAUAUAUGUAUUAAGUUUG